CGCUCUCUUCUUUCUCUCUCCGGAAAUCCCCCUCUCCUCCGUGAAGGCGAGAGAGAGAGACAGAGAAACGUACCCGACGAGACAGUGCUGCUGCGCCUGCCUACCCCCACCCCCGAUCUCGCCAUUCCCCCGAUGCGAUCUCGCCUCCAAACCCUAAUCCCCCCGCCGCUGCUGCUGCCCUCGCCGGAUUCCCCCUAGCACGCGCGCCGGAUGCGGCGCCGCUGACUGACCACGCGAUCCCGUGGGGUGUGGCUAAUCAAGCUCUUCGCUCCUGCUUGCUUGCUGCUGCUGUGCCCGAGCGUCCUGCUUGCUUUGCUGCUGCUGCUUGCGGAGGCCGGCGGGGAGGAGGCGAUGGGGGCUGCGGACAAGUGGCUGCUCCCGCUCGUAUCCGUCUCCUUCGUCUCGCUGAUGCUCUUCCUCUCCGCGCUCUCGGGCUUCACGGCCUCCUCCGCGCUCUUCGCGCGCCUCCCGCCGCCCUCCUACGUGCGCCGGGGAGCCGCGGCGCCGCCGUCCUUCGCCUACCUCCUCGCGGGCGGGCGCGGGGACGGGCGGAGGCUCCUGCGGCUGCUGCUGGCCGUCUACCACCCCAGGAACCAGUACCUGCUCCACCUCUCCGCCGACGCGCCCGACUCCGAGCGCGCCGAGCUCGCCGCCGCCGUCGCGCGCUCCGCCCCCGCCGUGCGCGCCUUCGGGAACGUCGACGUCGUCGGCCGCCCCGCCGCGGGCACCCCGAUGGGGUCCUCCGGCCUCGCCGCCACCCUCCGCGCCGCCGCCGCGCUGCUCCGGUUGGAUUCCGAGUGGGACUGGUUCGUCACGCUCAACGCCGCCGAUUACCCCCUUGUCACCCAGGACGACUUGAUUCAUGUCUUCUCCUCUGUGCCAAGGCACCUCAACUUCAUUGAUCACACUAGUGAUAUUGGAUGGAAAGAAUCUCAGAGAGUGCAGCCAGUCAUAGUAGAUGCUGGGAUUUACUUGGCUGGGAGGAAUCAGUUCUUCCAGGCCACUGAGAAACGGGCAACUCCAGAUGGUUUCAAAUUCUUCACAGGUUCGCCAUGGGUCAUUCUAAACCGGCGCUUUUUAGAGUAUUGCAUUUUUGGAUGGGAGAACCUCCCUCGAACUCUUCUCAUGUACUUCACAAACGUGAUGCUGCCUCUGGAAGGGUAUUUCCACUCAGUCGUAUGCAACUCGGACUAUCGCAAUUCCACAGUGAACAAUGACUUGCGGUAUGUGGCGUGGGACGAUCCGCCUCAGAUGGAACCCCGUUUUCUAAACAUGACACAUUAUGAUGAGAUAGUGGAUAGUGGGCUGCCCUUUGCUAGGAAGUUUCAAGAGAAUGAACAUCUAUUGGACAAGAUUGAUGAGAAAAUACUCCGGCGUUGGCGUCACAGACCUGCUCCUGGUGCCUGGUGCACAGGCAGAAAGAGGUGGUUCAAUGAUCCAUGUUCCCAGUGGAGCAACGUCAACAUUGUAAGACCUGGACCCCAAGCUGAGAAGUUACAAAGAUACAUGAACCGGAUCUUGGAAGAGUCAAAGUCAAGCAACAACUCGUGCACGCAAUAGCAGCACUGAAGCGCGAUGCCAGAGCUUUUCUCAUUUUGCACAGAGUGGCUCUCCAUACCCUCUCCAGAAUUCCAGCAUUUUCGCCUCCCGGAGCGAGCAUUCUCGCAGCUGGGUUGUGUGCACAGGGCUAAGGCGAGAGAUGUGGUUCAUUCUUUCCAGAAUUUUUUUUGGUAACUGCCAUGGCUUCAAGGGCUCACCUGCAGCAUUGUUGGGAAGCCAGGGGAGCUUCCGGUGGGGGAUUUUACCCAGAGCUAGUAGGCAGUGUAAUUAGUACUAGCAAUCAGUUGAAUGACUCGUGAGAAUGUUAAUAGAACUGAUGGAAUUUCUUGGUGCUUCCAUACAGGAUUGAGAAACAGAAACAGCAAAAUAUGAAGGGUGGGGAAAUUUUGUUGGCCUUAUAA